AAGCAGAAAUUUAAAUUGUGAUUAAGGUGACUUAAUGUGGCACUUUAAACACAACGUCCCAACUUAACCUCAUUCUUAUUCUGUUUGACAUUUGUCAAAAUAAAAACAUUCUAAAGUUGUUUGCUUUACAUUUAACAUGAGUAGUGUUUAUAUUUUGGAGCCCCCAACUUCGGGAAAGGUCUUAUUAAAAACAACGGUUGGUGACAUAGACGUUGAAUUGUGGGCAAAAGAAACUCCAAAAACUUGUCGCAACUUUAUCCAAUUAUGUCUUGAGGGCUAUUACGACAACACCAUAUUUCACAGAGUUGUUAAGGGUUUUAUAGCUCAAGGAGGUGAUCCAAAUGGUGAUGGAACUGGAGGAGAGUCUAUCUACGGGGAACCCUUUAAGGAUGAGUUUCAUCAAAGAUUGCGAUUUACACGACGAGGGUUGUUGGCAAUGGCAAAUGGAGGAAAGGACGACAAUAGCUCUCAGUUUUUUUUCACACUGGGGGCUACUCCUGAAUUGCAAGACAAACAUACAAUUUUUGGAAAAAUUACAGGAGACACUAUUUAUAAUAUGCUCAAACUUGAAGAAGGGUUAAUAAGAGAUGAAAGGCCUAUUUACCCUCAUAAAAUUAUAAAAACUGAAGUUUUAAACAAUCCUUUUGCUGAUAUUCAACCCAGGCUUAAGGAAGUUGAGGUGAAAGAAAAGAAAAAGAAAGAGAAGAAGCCUGGAGUCAAAAAUUUUAAGUUAUUAUCGUUUGGAGAAGAGGCUGAGGAAGACGAGGAAGAAUCAACAAGAGUGAAUGAGAAAUUGGUGGGUAAAGGCAAAUCUACACAUGAUGUAUUAGAUGAUCCUAAAUUGAGUUCUAAAACGGAAGAAGUGGAAGAGGAAGAUAAUGAUGACGUGGAAGAAGUUAACCCAGAAGAACAGUUAGAGAACAUCAGGAAGAAGCUAAAAAGAGAGCACAAGAAGCCUGUUCCUAUUUCUACAACCACAGCUGAACCAAUAGAUACUUAUGAGUCAUAUUUGGAAGAAGAGAAACGAGAGAAAAAGAAAAAACAAUAUGAGGAAAUUCAAAAAGAAAUCCAAAACGUUAAAAAGGAGUAUCAUAAAAAUAAGUUGAAGAAGAAGGAAGAGGAUAAAAUUGCAACUGAGAAGAAGAUUGAAGAAGAUAAAACAAUACAAGAGUAUAAAGAUGAAUUUGAUAAAUAUAAAAAUAAAAAAGAUGCCUUACCCAAAAAGGGAGCAGGAAGAGAACAAUUUACAUUGAAUUUGUUAGAAAAGUUUAAAAAGAAAUUGCAAUCUAUGAAAGACGGAGAAGAGAAUGAAGAAGAAAAUGAAGAAGAACAAGCAUGGCUGAAGCAUAGAUUGUGCUUUCAAGACAAGAAUCCAGUAUUGGCUAAAGACGCCAAUAGAAAGGAUGAUGAUUGGUUUGAAAUUUAUGAUCCUAGAAAUGCUUUGAAUAAGAGACGACGUGGAGAAACUGUAGAGAAAUUUAAGAAAUGAUUAUGUAGUUUUCUAUAUUUAUAAAUAAAAAUGUUUGAUUUUACA